AUGAACGCUUUCGCUGCUCAAAUGCAAGAGCUAGUCCGAAGCAAUGAUGCCAAAUUCGCGACUCUCACCGCGCAGAUCUCUAGCCUGCAACAAGAGAGCCCGCUUCGACGACGGAACCUCAUCAGCGACUUCCAGGGAGAGCGAGACCUGCAGUGCACGGUGGCACGGUCGGUGAUACAGCAGCAGCAACAGUCCGAAAGCCCGUCCCAACAUAUACGAGCUCAACCGACGGCGCGCGACCUGGAAAUCGAACGGAUGCAGGCCCAACUGCGAGAGAUCAGUUCCAAAUUUCACCAAGCCACCAGUUCGGCACCUGAAAUUGACCGCGUAAUCCAGGAAGCACAGAAAACACCGUUCACUUCCCGGAUCACCAACGUCCCCGUCCCUAACCUCGAAAAGUUUAAACUACGUUCAUACAAAGGGAACUCGGACCCGAGGCAUUUUCUUACCUCGUUCGGCAUCGUGAUCAACCGAAUGAAGUUCAACUCGGCCGAGCAGAAGGACGCGAUCCAAUGCCAACUGUUCGUUAAACACCUCGAAUGCAUAGCUUUGGAUUGGUUCUCAAGAUUAGAAGCCGACUCCAUUGAUAACAACAAGGAGCUUUCAACUAAGUUCGCAAAGCAUUUCUCGAUGUUCAUCGGGCAGAAAACCCGUAACUCCGAGCUGUGGGAGAUAUCACAGGGUGAAAACGAAUCACUCCGAGACUUUAUGGCGCGUUUCAAGCAGAUCGUGGCGCACUGCACGGUGGACGACGAAGCCGCCCUCGAAGCUUUAUACCAGAAAACUUGGUACAAAUCACCUUUUCAUAAAGAACUUCGCAAGAACAGACCCCUCACCCUUGAGGACGCGCUCCACAAAUCAAACAUCUUCAUCGCGGAAGAAGAAGAAGAAGCCGCCAAAGAUCCGCAGUACUCAGCGUCAAAGCCCGACCAGACCUUGACCACCAAAGAUAAUUCGGAAACGAAAGUCCAGUCCGGCAAACCGCACGGAGUAGUGAACCAGGCAGGACCGUCAAACCAAAAGUCAGGACGGCCACCAAAAUCUUGGAACACGUGGAAUAGAGAAGAUGAUACGCCACUAAGUGAACGUUUUUGCGAGUAUCACGAGCGAUAUAGGCAUAGCACGGAGGAAUGCCGACACCUGAGGGACUUCCUACUUCAACAGUUCCGCAAGGGCGAGAUCGACACCGCAGAUUUGCCUAAACCGGGACCCCGGCGGCCAAACCCGCGACCAAACAAACCCGGCAAUCAAGAAGCUGGUAAGGCAGCCGACUCUGAUGAAGAACAGGUCGCUCCCCCUAAACGAGACCGCGAAGCACCUAAUAGAGAAACGAAUGUACCCAAAACCAGGAAGAAAGUCAAUAUGAUUAUGGGAGCCCUCGAAUCAUGCAACUACUCCGUCCGAGCCCUCAAAGAGUACAGCCGGCAGGCAUCGAGUUCGCAACCCCAGACAACGGUCACAACCGUACCACUGUUAUUCACCGACGCCGACCUACGGGGAGUGCAUAUGCCUCACAACGAUUGCCUCGUCGUUGAGCUUCAGCUCGGAGACGUCAAAGUAAGCAGGAUAUUAAUCGACACGGGGAGUUCGGUAAACGUCAUAUCCAAAGAAACACUCAAGAAUAUGGAUUUUCCGGAUUCUGAGAUCAAGCCUUACAUGGAAUCAUUGACCGGGUUCACCGGAGAGAAAACAAGAACAGUGGGAACGGUGAAAAUACCCAUUUAUGUCGGCGGGUCAGCCCGAAUGAUCAAGUUCUUAGUCCUCAACAAACCGGCAAUAUAUAAUGCGAUUUUGGGAACGCCAUGGCUGUUCGACAUGAAGGCCGUCGCUUCAACGUUCCAUCAGUGCGUCAAGUUCUCGACCCCGUCAGGGACUUUCACCCUCAAAGGAAGCCAGACCGCGUCCCGUUUAUGCCAUCUAACCGAGUGCAAACUCAGUCUCACACGGAGAUGCGUCAUCAGCCCCUUUCAGGAAGACCGUGCGGCCGCAGUAAGCCAGUUCGGUCCACCUAAACAGAGCCGAGUUGACCAAGUCUGCAUUGACCCGACAGAUCCGGAAAGAUGUGUUGGCAUAGGGGCCGAACUCGACAACAAUAUUCGAGAAGCACUCAUCAGUUUCCUCCAGAAGAACGUCUCCACGUUCGCAUGGACCAUCAGCGACAUGCCGGGAAUCAAUCCAGAUAUCACUUGCCACGAGCUAAAUAUCGAUCCAACAUACAAACCGAUCAAACAGAAGAGACGCAAGCUUGGACCCGAGAAAGCACGAGCGGUUAAUGACGAGGUCGAAAAAUUUCUCAAAGCCGGUUCGAUCACAGAAGUUUGGUACCCGGACUGGCUAGCGAACCCUGUAGUCGUGAAGAAAAAGAAUGGAAAGUAG